AUGAAGCUCUUUUUUAGUACAUUUGCUGCCUCCGUGCUCUUUACAAUGAUGACUGAAGAUUCGUAUGUGCUUUGUCAAGUCAAUGGAAGCGAUUCUUUCCAGCCGAUCGACUAUUCUAAGGUCCAGCCUAACUCGAUGAUGAAAGCAGCUUCAGUAUCGCCACUAAUAUCCGAGCAGCUAAUGCCGCAGUCGAAUUCGGUGCCGCAGCAACCAAAGUCAAUGCGACGACUGCAAACUUCGUCCCCACAGUCGUUAAUGACGUCUAGCUCCGGUUGCACCCUAUCGGGAACAUACAAGAAGGGUACUGAUAUCUCAUCGUGUAGCACGAUAAAUAUUAAUUCCUUAGAUGUCCCAGCUGGCGUCACGUUGGACCUGAGCUUGGCUAAAAAGGGGGCCACUAUCAUUUUCAAUGGAAAUACCACGUUUGGCACACGAAAAUGGGAAGGUCCUCUUGUUCGUGUGAGUGGAAUCAAUCUUAUGGUCAAGGGGUCCGGUAUUUUAAAUGGACUUGGAGCUUGGUAUUGGAAGCAGGGCCAAUCAAUUACACGUCCAGUUUUCUUUAAACUGCAAAAUGCCAUCAACUCCACGGUAACUGGCUUCACAAUCAUGGACAUGCCUUUUCGUACCUUUAGCAUCGUAACCUGCAAGAACACGAUUCUUAAGGGUCUUACUAUUGACUCUCGGUCUGGCAAAGAUUUGGCAAAAAAUACUGACGGGUUUGGCUUGACUAAGAACGAAAACGUUGUUAUUGUGAACAAUACGAUCUUUAAUCAAGACGAUUGUCUAGCCAUGCAAUCAAGCACAAAUACAACAUUUCGCAACAACUACUGCUGUGACAGUCAUGGUAUCUCAAUUGGUUCAAUUGGUGCCAAUAGUGUUGAUGUGUCGACCACGGUUCGUGGGCUGAUAGUGGAAGGCAACACGAUCGAGAAUAGUGUUAACGGCCUUCGUAUCAAGGCCAUUUCCGGACUUCAAGGUCUAGUCUCAAACAUCAGAUACAUUAACAAUCGCGUUUUAAACGUAAGAAACGCGAUCGUCAUACGCUCGGAUUACAGCAAGGCAAAGGGCAAAUAUGAUGGCCCGCCCACCAGUAAAGUGAUUAUCGAGAAUGUAAUGAUUUCAGGCCUUUCCGGUUCGGCUACGAACUUGUACGACAUUGUCGUUAAUCCGAAAGUCGUUUCGAACUGGGACUUCUCUGAUCUGUCAGUAACCGCUUUGUUCAAGGGCAAAUUAUCUGGUCUGCCGUUGAAUCUUCAACUUUAA